AUGUGGGCUGUGGAAAUGGCGAUGGCGAACGACGCAUGGGCGCGCGCUGCCAAGGCCGGCACGCCGGUGGCUGUCGCGAGCAGCGCCGCGGCUGAGCCCGACGCGACGAAUACCGGGGCGCCCGGCGCGGCGCCGCGGCCGGGCACCAAGCGGCCGCACCCGCAGGGCAUGGCCGCCUACGAGGCGCGCGGGUCCUGGUCGGGUGGCGCGGCGCCCUUUGAUCCCACCUGGCCUUGA